AUGGAUCCCUUCUCGAUCACUGCCAGCGUCGUCACACUAAUUCAGGUAUCGGCUCAAGUCACGGUUCUGGUAAAGCAGUUCCGCGAUGAAGUCAAUGUUGUCGACACAACGCUCAACGGGAUAUUGAACGACGUGGAUGGAUUCCAGCAAGUGCUGCAGUCGAUGAAAGAAACCUUCGCUCAAGAGGACAUUCAGGCAGAAGUGCAGACUACCGGUCACGUUGGGAGCCAUUGGAAGAAUCUGGCGAGGUCAUUGAGUGAUGGCGAGGGAACGCUGGAUCAACUGCGGUCGCUUCUCACGAGCGUGAGCAAAAGCACCUCAUUUCUUGAUGCGACGCGAAAGCAACUCAGGUUGAAGAGCGCUAUCGCGCAAAUUUCAGGCUUUCGAGAGCAGAUCCAGUCGUACCGUGCAGCUCUGCAGCUGUCUCUCAGCACAGUCAUCGUAUGGAACCAGGUUACAUUACAGAAGUCUACAGCCAAGCUGCCAGAAAGGGUUAUACCCAACCUCAACAAACUGUAUGACGAGAUUCGCAAUCUUGGUGCAGACCUCAACGCGAAGAUCGAAAAGCUGCAAAGUACCGUGGUGAAUCAAGGUUUCCACGCCGAGUCAGAACUCAUCUCUUUGACCAACCUGAAAGAAUGCGUGGAAUCCGCGGCCGAUGUCGUUUCGACCGCCUCUACGACACUAGGUCCAGAGGGGAGCGAUAAAGCUUCUGCUAAGUACGGUUCGGAUUUUGGCGACGUUUUCAAGAAAGAGUCGAACGAGACUAUGCAGCGCUGGAUGUCCUCGAACACAGUGUACGAAUUCGACGACGUAGAAGCUCCAACUCUUGAUCCCUCAGAGACCAGUACAGGGGAUGCGCUCACUGUGUACGAAUCAGACAGCGACUCUGACAUUGAGAACGAGCUGGUCAGAGCAUUGUUCAACAACGGGAAAAGGCGUAAAGAGCAGGGCGAUUUGCAUGGGGCGGAACGACAUCUUCGAAACUGCUUGUCUAGAUUCCCGUCUACUACGAGCUAUACCUCACUUGCUUCGUCCCAAAGUACAUCUAUAACCGGCGUGUCCAAAGCCGAACUACUGGAAAUGCUUACAGAGACUUAUUGCCUGCAAGGAUCCUGGACUCAAGCAAAAUCAACAAUGAAGGAAAAACUAGCAAUUACAGAGCGCCAAACAGGAAAGAAAAGCGAGAGCUUCUUGUGGGACUCGUUCACGCUGUGCGAAAUCUUAUUGAACACAAAAGAUUACACUGAAGCGCACAUACACGGCCGGCAGUCACUGCGAGGUUUUAGAAAGCUGCGCGAGCCCGGCCACGAUGGCUACGAAAAGACACUUGUGCUCCUUAUAAAGAUAUGUAAAGAGCAAGAGAACCUUGAAGACGAAGAAGCAUACGCCGCCCUUCUCGGUAGCUAUCGAGGAAAUCUGGCGACGCAGCAGUCCGCACCUGGCACUAAAUCUAACACCCCGCAGGAUCUGGCGAGCCCUUUGACCGAUGCACACCCUCAGGAUUUGACUUUUGCAGUAACAACGAAGUAUAUAGCUUCAGACGUAUCUUUCCCUAGUUCGCGACGCAUGUCAGGAAAGCCGAAGUCACCGGAGCGAUGGGAACCAUCCUCAAGUAUAGACCCAAAGCUAGGUACUUCUUUAAAUCGCGCCAACACAACCCACUCGGACGAGCAGUCCCCUUCUUCGAUGCUUGGCAAGCUCACAACGAAACUUCCAGAUGCGCGUGGAGGACUGAGCAUGGAGAAUGCCGCAGCGCAGGAGUUUGUGGUAUCUACUCCAAAUGGAUGUGCAUUGACUGGCGGAGAAACGAAACCUCAGACUGCUAAACUCACGCCUGGGCUCUCUUUAGCAACUCCUGACAAUCACACAUCACGCGCAGACGUUCUGACAAGGAGUCUUGAAGCUGCUCGCUCUUCCUUCAAAGGCCCACCAGAGGGAGACAUCGCAAUCAAACCAACAAACGAGACACUCAGUUCGAGUGCCACGAGAAUCUCAUCGAAAGCUACACCACAGCUCCAGAGCACGCUGCCUAGCGCUCACAGUCCGGACAGUGGAGACACAUCAUCCUAUACUAAGCUUCUUGUCGCUCUUUGUCAGCAGGAGCUUGGAAGCAAGCCAGUAUUUAUGAUUGGUCGCGGUCGUGAGGGCUACAAUUGUAUGGUCUUUGCUGAUAGCUCCCAAAGAAGAGAGAUAGCCAAGGUGACUGGUUGCAAGACUAGGGAGGAAGCCAGGCAUAACGCGGCUUCGAAGGCGUAUAAGGCGCUUGUAUUGCUCUCGACACAAUCUAGACCAACGACAUCCACAAACAACACUACAGAGGAAGUACCUGUCCUGGCUCCGAACACGGAGCCUCCCGCAGCGCCCAGGGAAGGCCAUGUCGACCCGCCAGCUUACACGCCAAAUGAAGCACCUUCGAAUCUGUCCAGCCCAGUCGAGUUUCUGCAGAGCAUACCAGAGAUCAUGGUAUCACCCACUCUCAAUCAGACAACAUUUUUAAGAAGCAUGGCGUGCGAUCCUGCGCAGUCUUUUCCUGUACGACGUGCAGCAUCGGACUCUCGUCUUCCUUGGCACAAGAACACAAAUGCCGAACCUUUUUCAAACCAUACCAAGCUGCACACAGAAAGUUUUGGAGGACUCCAUGGAGCGACUGCAAAUCCAGAUCUUCCAACACACCGUCGUGCGGCUUCCACAUCUACACGGUUACCGGACUGGAAAACAGGAGAAGCCACGGGAUUUUCGCAUCCAUCUAAGCUGAUGGUACCAAGGCCAGCUCUGAAGAGCCCACACGGCUCGGACGACAGUCGCAAACGACCAACAGCUCAACCAAGCGUGACGUUUGAUACUAUCGAAGGCUCCGUUGAGCGAUCCAACCAUUCCAAUCCCGACCCAGUUACACCAACAUCUCGAAGCUUCUCGCUCUUCCCAACCUCAAUGGCUAAAACGUUCUCGUUACAGGACCGCCGAAGCAAGAGCGAUGAUCCCAGCUUGACGAAGAAGAAAUCGCUCCGAUUUGCACUUUUGGGGUCUUCUUCAAAACGGAAGUCGCCCACGACUGCGUCUCCUGCAUCCGAAGCUACUGGUACCCCGCCAGCUUCGAGCUCGAUUAGAUCUUGUCCCAUAUGCACGGCCAGUCUACAUGAUCUCAGCGAUGAUGAAGCAUGGUCGCAUGUAGACAGCUGCUUGGGCGAGUCUUCUCCUCAGAUCACCAACACUGCAUACGAGCUCCCCGCAUCAGAGCCCAGCUUCUUUGCAGCUGAACUCCCAGCACCUUUCACACCUCCAACACCUUCCGGAAGUCGAGUAGGAGGACCUAACUUGCCAAGCUCGCCCAUCCAGAGUCCAAGUGCAAUGUCAGACUUGCACCGGGCUUUCUCCAGAAGAGACCUAUCUGCGGACAAGUUCGAGAUCGAGGACGAGGUGAACGUAGCGGUUCCGCCUGCAAUGUCACCUCUGAGUCGAUUCGAAUUGAACCCUCUGCAACGUCAAGUGCUGCUUCUGGGUGAUGCCAAGUGCGGCAAAACUUGGUUAUCAAGCGCUUGGUGUAAUGGGGUCAUUCCAAAGCACACCCCAUCCUCUGCAACGACCUUCACCAAGCCAAUGGGCAGUCUGGAAGUGGUUGUACAAGACCACUCCGAAGUCGAUUUCUUCCGAGACCAUCUACGGCACGCCUCGUACGGCGUCGUGCACGCCGUCUUGCUGUGCUUCGACAUCAGCUCGCCCGAGUCGUUCGACAACGUGGAGCACAAAUGGAACCACGAAGCCGACCUGUACCUGAACAAGGUGCCGAAGAUACUCGUCGGCUGCAAAAAGGAUAUCAAUCGCGGGGGAUCCCGCACGGUUUGGACGCGCGAUGCGUAUAAGCUGACAGCGAGAAUCAGUGCGCGCGCAUACUUUGAGACGUCGGCAGUCACAAUGGAAGGGCUUGAUAUGCUCUUCAAUCACGUGGCUCAGAUUGCUCCGCGGUAG